CGUUCCUGCUCACGAGGCUGCCACCUGCGUUGUGGUUGGUGAAGACGCACCGCCCCUCUCCGGUGCACUUGGCUGACUGCUGCCGGCUCCUAGGGCUGCCUGCGCAGCGUGCGCCAGGAGCACCCAUGAGGGACCGGGGACGCCGGGGCCUUAGAGUUGACACCUGUAUAAGGAUUAUUCCACCCCCAAAGUGGUCAUGACCCGCAGGCUGAGAGCUGCUGGCCUAGCACACGAACCCUCAGGGACAAACAGCACCAAGCCACAGCACGAGGUCACUGAGAGACCUGGAUGUAUGGAGUGACUGUCACAGCGCCUGGCGUGUGGUGGGCACAGGUGUCUGUGGCGUGGCGAGGGAAUGCGUGGGAGAUUAGGCUUGUCUAUUGAUGACUUGAACAAGUGGGCCCUGUUUCUUGUCUCCCCCUUCGUACUUGAGGCAGAACAAAUAGCAUUUGUGACCGAGAGCAUUUGGGCACAAGGCGACAGUUUCCAGAAGGCAGCAUCUUCAGAAACGGUUGUAAAAUGGUCGGACUGCUGUUUGCCGUUAGCUUUCCGACCCGGGGAUCCCCACCAGUUCAUAGCUAAAGCAAGCGUGGACAACUUCAGCAAGCUUGGGGUGGCGUUUAUGGAGGAGAGACUCCAGAUGGACCAUGGACUGAUAGCCCAGAAGAUUGUUUCAGUUCACUUAAAGGACCCCGCUCUGAAGGAAGUCAGCGAGGCCUCCGCCGAGCAGGUCCAAGCCCUGCCACUGGGCCUAGACCCUUCCCUUGAGGCUGAGCCUGCGCAGGGUGUCAUGGAGUGUGCUGGCCAUGGUGACCCGAAGGCUACUGGUGAAGGCUCCUCCCUACCGAGGAGAGGCUGUGCAUCUGGAGGUGAGCCGGCUGCAGAUGGUGACCCCGGGCAGAGCUCUGCUGAGCUCCAUCAGCUUCACCUGUCCAGUUGCCACGAGUGUUUGGAACUUGAGAACAGUACCAUCGAAUCAGUGAGGUUUGCAUCUGCAGAGAACAUUCCGGAUCUUCCCUAUGAUCACAGCAGCAGCGUAGAGGACGCUGCAGAUGAACUCUGCCCUGAACGGGAAGGGAGGAGAGUCAACCUUUCGGGAAAGGCACCCAAUAUCCUGCUGUAUGUGGGCUCCAGUUCCGAGGAAGCCCUGGGCCGGCUCCAGCAGGUACGGGCUACCCUGACUGACUGCGUGGACACCGACAGCUACACGCUCUACCAUCUGCUGGAAGACAGUGCUCUCAGGGACCCGUGGCCGGACAACUGCCUGCUAUUGGUGAUUGCCACCAGGGAACCCAUCCCCAAAGACAUAUACCAGAAGUUCAUGGCCUAUCUUUCUCAGGGAGGGAAGGUGCUGGGCCUGUCUUCCCCCUUCACGUUUGGUGGCUUUCAGGUGGCUAGCAAGGACCUGCUACAGAGCACAGUCCAGAACUUGGUGUUCUCAAAGGCUGAUGGGAGUGAGGUACGGCUUAGCGUCCUGAGCAGUGGCUGUGUUUAUGAGGAAGGCCUCAGUCUGGGCAAACUGCAGGGCCACCUAGAGAAUCCAAACAAGGACAAGAUGAUUGUUCACGUGCCUUUUGGAAGCCGCGGAGGAGAGGCCGUUCUCUGCCAGGUGUACCUGGAACUCCCUCCGAGCACUUCCAUGGUGCAAACUCAAGAGGACUUCAACGUGCUUAAGUCCAGCAACAUGAGGAGGCACGAAGUCCUUAAGGAGAUCCUGACGACCCUCGGCCUAAGCUGUGAUGUUCGACAAGUUCCUGCCUUAACUCCGCUCUACUUGCUGCUGGCCGCCGAGGAAAUCCGGGAUCCGUUCAUGCAGUGGCUUGAGAGAUGUGUGGAUCCUGAAGGAAUCAUAAAGUCUAGCAAGCUCGCCCUGAGGUUCACUUCCUCUCACACGUCUGAAGUGGAGGUCUCUCCAUCUUCUCUACCUGUGGUUACCAACCCCGAAGCCUUCUCAUCAGAGCACUUUGACCUGGAGACAUAUCGCCAGAAUCUGCAGACCACGUGGCUCGGAAAAGUAAUUCUGUUUGCAGAGGUGACCACCACAACCAUGAGUCUCCUGGAUGGGUUGAUGUUUGAGAUGCCACAGGAAAUGGGUUUAAUCGCCAUUGCUGUUCGGCAGACCCAGGGCAAAGGAAGGGGUCCAAAUGCCUGGCUGAGCCCUGUGGGGUGUGCCCUUUUCACCCUGCUGGUCUCCAUUCCCCUGAGAUCACAACUGGGGCAGAGGAUUCCAUUUGUCCAGCAUUUGAUGUCCCUGGCUGUCGUGGAGGCCGUGCGGUCCAUCCCAGAGUACGAGGAGAUCAACUUGCGAGUCAAGUGGCCCAACGAUAUUUAUUACAGUGAUCUCAUGAAAAUUGGUGGAGUUCUGGUUAAUUCAACACUUAUGGGAGAAACGUUCUAUAUCCUUAUCGGCUGUGGAUUUAAUGUGACUAACAGUAACCCGACCAUCUGCAUCAACGACCUCAUCACAGAGCACAAUAAGCAGCACAAUGCAGGCCUGAAGCCCUUGAGAGCCGAUUACCUCAUAGCCAGGGCGGUAACUGUGCUAGAGAGACUGAUUGACGUGUUUCAGGACCAGGGGCCCAAUGGUGUCCUUCCUCUCUAUUAUAAAUACUGGGUGCACAGUGGUCAGCAAGUCCGCCUGGGCAGCACCGAGGGACCGCUGGUGUCGAUCGUGGGGCUUGAUGAUUCCGGAUUCCUGCAGGUCCACCAGAAGGGUGGCGAGGUUGUGACAGUGCAUCCAGAUGGCAACUCCUUUGACAUGCUGAGAAACCUCAUUGUGCCCAAGCGACAGUAGCAGCAGCAGCAGCAGCAGCAGCAGCAGCGAACCCGACAGGGAAGCCACUCCCGGGAGCUCCCAGCAAGCACUCUGCUGACAUGGCUGUCUCUUUGCCUGCCCAGGGCCUGGGAGACUGAUGUAGAAUUGUAGGCCAGUGUCUUCUCCGACUCAUUUGUUAGUUCUUCUUCUUAUUGGUUCCCUGCCCCCCCGCUCCCACCCCGUUCCACCCCACCCCCGAGUUUGGGUUUCGCUUUUGUUCUUUUGUAUCUGCGAUUGUGUUGGGUGUUUGAAGAUGCAUCUGGUAAGGGCUGACAGGUAAAGAUGCAGUUGUUUAGUUUAAUUUGCCUCUCGCGGUGUCAAAUGCUCUUUUCCACAGGGCUUGGACGUAUGUUUACUAGGAGAAAUGAGGGGCAGGGAGUUGGAAAUGCAAUGUGAUGGUGCAGGUAUUUCCCAAGUAGUGAAGGCUUUUCUAUUCAGACCGCCAGUGCCCUGCACUCGGGCAAAUGCUGCGUUGGAGUUAGUCCUCUUGUGAGCCUCCAGAGGGUUUGCCCAGAACACACCGUGGUGCUUAGGCCUUGAGUUGUUUUCUGCUUUGUUUCUGGGGUUGCUGUUGCUUUUCUUAAUCAGGGUGGGCUAUCUGAGGUCACUCCGCUCUGACAGUGCAGUAGCACGGGGCUGAAGAGUAGCUGCAGUGGCGUGGUGCCACUGGCCCUCAUGGUUGCAGUGGCCUUGGAGAGGAAGUCAGUUCCUCUCUUUGCCCAUAUGCAGUGAGCACUCCUUCCCAGGGUUAGAGGUGCCAAGGUUUAUACUUUUAAGACAAGGUGGCACCUUCCUUGGAGGUUGAUGCUUAACCUGGAGAUAUCAGCUCACUCUCCUGUCCACACAGUGGAUGAUUCUUGGAGACUUUAAGCCUACCGUGGGCUCUGUUAGCAUGUGGAGCAUACCCAUGGGGCUGCCCUCAUGCUGGAUAGUGUGUGGCACUGUAUGGCAAGUCUAGAUUUACUGCCCCCUAUCUCCUUAUACUGUCAUCAAAGGAAGAGAUACUGACACAGAAGUUUGGAGGGGUGUGUGUGUGUGUGUGUGCUUGCGUGCGUGCGUGCAAGCGCGCAUGUGAGCUCAAACACUCACGUAUGACUUUAAAAGAAGAUGUUCAAACUCUGAUGUUCUAAAAGUGUCCGUGGAAGAACAAAGGAGAGGAAGCCUUUCUAGGUUUGUUUCCAGAUGUGUGCGCGCUUCCUAUGUCCCUCCCAUCUCCGGGGAGUUCGUGAAUCAUACCCGUUACUGCCCAGCCUUAAAGAACCAACUCCUGUCUGCUCUCCCCGCUUCCUGCGCAGUUAAUGGAAAGGAAACGGAACGGAAUGCUCGGCUUUGAACAAGAUCCCCUCAUCACAAAUGAGUACCAUCUUUAUCCAGGUCUUAUGUAGUCAGGCCACGCUCCAGAAACCUGAGGUGUUCGGUAGAGAAAUCCAUCUCCCUCAGGCUAGCACAGACAACACCCCUGGAAGCAAGAAAUAACAUGGUAAACCCCACCAACCUGAUCCAUGUUUGAGGGCGUGCAGCUUUAACAGAAUUCAAAAGGUCACUUUUUUGCAUAUGUAUUUAUAUCUAGGUCUUCUUUUUAAUACAUGUGAGUUUAAAUAAAACUCUACACGUACCCCAAAAUUACAAAGUGGACUGAGCCUUGAGAGGGCAUCUGUAAAAUGUCACCGCGGGGAAGAUCUCCAGGCUGAUGUUGUAAGCUUCAGUACUCAGACUUUGUAAUAUAAGGCCGUUGUCUCUCAGGACUGCCAUCAUUAAGUUUUAAAUUUCUUUGGGGGAUUAUUUAAUGAAAAACAUACUAUGUUUUAUUUUAAGCUGAAAGCCUAUUCUGGGUAGUUCUACUUUGGGAAAAAAAUGUUAUCAUUUAAUUUCCUUUCUGUAAGUUAAAACUAAUGAAGUGUGGUCCUGUCAGGCGGACGGCGAUGUCCUGGCCUUGGCGCUUGGCUCUCUGAGGAGUUACACUGUUUAGGGGUAUUCUCGAUUAUGCAAACGUGACACCCACUUGUCCUGAGGGAGGCAAAGUAGCCUUGAAGCAGAUGCUUCUCGUUGACCUGGCUUUGCCUCACGUGAACCAAAGACUUCCAAGUCCACAUCAUAGAGAGCAUUCUACUGAUGGAGGUGGGGAGGCUGCCCCUGUCCCUGCUACGUGCAUGGGUGGGUAUUUAUUUACAGACUCGGCAGUCUGAGAUCUCAAGGAACUUUACAGGGUCUUAAGGGAAACUUUGCCAUGUCCUAACCUUGAGAUGCGGCCUCCUAACUCAGCAACUGCACGUGCUUUAGUGCAGGCGACUCCUGACGGGAAGCUGCUUACAUAUCUACCUUGUGUAGGAAGGCACACACAGCAAAAACUGGGUCUCACGUGACCUGGCUAGAGCAAUGAGGGAAUCCUGACAGGGAGGGCCAUAAGUGGUAGGCUCAUGUCCUGUGGAUCUCACUGUGCGCCAUGGCAGGACCCAACGUGGAAGCCAUGUCCUGUCUGCAGCUUGGUCAGAUACACAGCCAGUGAGGGACCACAAACUCUGGGGGUUCCCCUACACCUAGCACACCGUGUGGUAAUUCCCUGGCCUGUCUCACCCAGAGGGGAAUCUUAGGGGCUUUGCUUUCCUGACCUGCCAGAAAUGGGACCUUCUCAUUCCUGGUUCUUCACUAUGCAUCUUUGAAAUAAACAAAAACAUAAACCUUUGCUGUUUAUUUUUUAGCUUUUCAAAGAAUCAUCUCUGAAAAGAAUUACUGUAAACCAAUGCCUAUAAAGCCAGCCCUACCAAAAUAAACUUUUUCACCACGA